GUGAAGUACUAGAAUGGCGUUUGAUUUGAGUCAUUUUUGGACAACUGAGCAAAAUUAAUAAUAAAAGAAAACAUGAACUAAAAACAACGUUUUUGAUCGUCUUUUUUACCAAUCUAGUACCUCACUCGCUAACCAUCUUCUUCUACCUUUCAGCCAACGCCCCCUUCCUGCACGACUGGGAAAUACCGCAAACGUCGCAGUGGUACACCGUGCCGACGCUACAGUACGCGCAAAAUUCGCGCGGCCGUCCGUGCGUAAUGUUCCGCGGCCACCGGUACCGCUUCCAGACUCGGACCGCCAGCUUUUUGGCCUACUGGCGCUGCUUCAAGGAGAAAUGCAUGGCUUCGCUGUGCACCCGCGGUAACCACUGGGCCAAGCUUGGCCCGCAGCCGCACAGACAUGCCCGAGUCACGAACGACAUCAGCCAGAAGACGAACGCCGGGGAUUCAGAUACGGUUAACGAUCCGGACAACCCACCGCUGUUGAUGGAAGGCCAGGAACCGAUUCCAAAGACGUGGUACACGGCUCCGCUGAGGAUUUUCCAAAACAAGCGAGGAACAACGAAUCUCAACUUCCGGGGGUACAUUUACUUCAAGGGAAGACCCGGUCGGAACGAUACCUGCAGCUGGACCUGCUCGCGGUUCAAGUGCAGAAGCAAGCUCGUCACCCGUCAUGACAACAAGUUCCAGGUUCAGGCCCGACCCCACAACCAUGAACCGCAGUGCCUUGACGGAUUUGGCUCGGACGAAGUAGUAGAAUGCGUUCAGAUCAAAAACGAACCAAUUGAGAUAGACUGAUUUUUUUACCUGUGCAAUACAAAGUGCCAUAUUAGUUUUAAAUCGCCCAAAGAUUGUACUUUUAAAUAUAUUUGAUGUUAAAACAAAGAAAUUCGUUUUUCUUGCUUGAAAUUUAUUUAAAUCUUAAUUCUAAUUUAAUUUUCUU